AAAAUAUGACUAACAGAGACUUCCCAAUCACAAAACCAUUGGAUGAUGGUUGUGUGGCGUUGGUCGCCUGCAUCCGACAUGAGAAGCUAAACUGCGCAUUUGGAAUCCAACUGGACCUGGAUAGGACCAAAACCAAAGUCCCCAGCAAGUUGAAGCCCCCUACAACUCUCUCGGCUCAGCUCUGGUGAUGGAGCAAAUGUAGAGGUUGCUACACAACUUCCAGAAUGAUCUCUAGUCAGGCCACCCAUAGUCGCGUGACCCAAAUCAGGAUGGACGGAGCCAUUGAAGUUGGGAGAAACCUAUUGGGGUAGGUUAUACAUCUCUAUUCUUAUGGAUGGAUGAGCAAAUUUUGUUGAGAUUGGAAAUUUUAUAGGAAAAUUCCUGAAUCCAUGUGACAAAUGCAUAAUGAAAAGAGUAAGUGUCGACAAUUGUGACUAUCGAUUGGUGAAUGAAAUGAAAUCGUUGAUUUGGUCUAUAGUGGAAGUUGGAACAAGGUUGGAGUUUCUAGUAUUUGAUGGUAGAAGUUGAUCAUAAGUGAAUUUAUUAAUUGGACAUAUCCUGAACUUUUUGUUAAGGACAUUUCUUGACGAUUAACGAGCUCCAUAACUCCCUCCCCUAUCUCAAUUUCUGGUUUCGCCCUAAUUAAAAUGUUACUGGUUUAGUUAUUGGUUACUAAGUAGGUUGUCAUGAUCACUAAUGAUCAAUCACUGAAAUUACAUUUCACGUCGUAACCAACCUGUCCAAACAAAGCCGUCAUUUGCCACUAAACCCCGUCAUGACCGAGAGAUCAAACAAGUACAACCCCUGGACCAAGAAAAAAAUUGCAAUUCCGGCGAUCCAUUCCGACUAUCCGUUAACUCACUUCCCGCCCGCCUUCCCAAUUCAUAUGCUACUCUGCCUUUUCAUCAUUCCUCCCAAAACAGCCCCAAUGGCCUCCGCAGCCGCCUUCCUGACCACUCCGCUCCACCAUCUCUCCCCCUUUUUAACCACCACAUCCAUAGCAGCAAUCACCAUUUCCGCCGGAAUCUGCUACUAUCUGACGGCGAAAAGAUCCAACAACAACAAACAACCACCUCUGCCGCCGGAACCUCGCGGCGCCCCUGUUCUCGGUUCCAUCCCAAUGUUCCUCAACCGAACCCCAAUCCACCGGAAAUUCACCGCCCUCUCCGCCGAAUACGGCCCCAUAUUCAAAGUCCGUGUGGGCACCAAACUCUACAUCGUCGUCAGCUCGCCGGAUCUAGCCAAACAAGUCCUCCGCGACAACGAAUCCGUCUUCUCCAGCCGCGACGUCCCGCUCGUGGUCCGGGCCUGCACAUACGGCGGGCUGGAUCUGGCCUGCAUCCCGAUGGGCCCGGAUUGGGCCUCGAUGCGGAAAGCCGCGGUCGGCAAGGCCCUCAGUAAGGCCGGGUUGGACGGAUGCUACGAAUUGAGGAGGAGGGAAGUCGUGAAGUUGCUGAGCGAGUUGGAAGUCGGUAAGCCGGUCGGCGUGUUCGAAUUAGCGCAAGAGGUGAUUUGGAAUGCGACUCUGGGUAUGGUUUGGGGCGGAGAUGUUGAUUACGAGGAGACUCGGGAAGUGGGUAACCGAAUGUUGCGGCUAUUGGGGAAGCCGAACGUUUCGGAUGUUUUCCCGGUGCUGGCGAGGUUUGAUCUGCAGGGGAUUGAGAGGGAAGGGAAGGAGGUGGCUCGACGGUUUGAUCGGACUGUGAGCGCGGUGAUUGAGAAGAGAUUGGGCGGCGGUGGGGAGAAGAAGGAAGGGGAUGGGGUUAAUAACAAGACGAAGGAUUUGUUUCAGGUUCUGCUGGAUUCUGGUGCUGCCUCGUCCUUGGCUUCCAUGGCCCAUUUCAAAGCCCUGCUCCAGGAUAUCGCCGUUGCUGGGAACGAAAACAUAUCGAGAAUGAUCGAGUGGGCAAUGUCAGAGCUACUUAACAGCGACAGGGCAAUGAAAUCAGUGAAGCGAGAGCUAGACGAAAUGGUGGGACUCGACAGCCUAGUGGAGGACCACCAUCUGAGAGACCUCAAAUACAUUGACGCCGUCAUAAAAGAGACGUGUCGAUUACACCUCGCCCUCGUCACCCGGACGGCGAACCAAACCUGCACCGUCGGCGGAUUCACCGUCCCCCAAGGGACGGAAGUCGUCGUCAACGGCUGGGCCAUCCACAGGGACCCUCAGUUCUGGGACGAGGCGUCGGAGUUCCGACCGGAGCGGUUUCUGGACGGUGGGGACGGGAGGUCGCCGGCGUUUGAUUUCAUGGGCGGCGGGAGCAGCGGUUUCCGGUACAUUCCGUUCGGGUCGGGUCGGAGGGGUUGUGCGGGAGUUAAUUUGGCGGAGAGGAUGAUGAAGUAUGUGUUGGCUUCGUUCUUGCAUUGUUUCGAGUGGAAGCUUGCCGACGGGGAAGGAGGAGUUGUUGAUUUUGCCGACGAGUUUGCGCUGUUGAUCAAGAAGAAAAGGCCGUUAAUCGCAGUGCCGACUCCCCGCCUGCUUGCUAGUGCUAGGCCAGAGCUGCUUGCUUAAUUUGGGGAUUAGGUCUUCGGAAUUUGCAACUCAAGAAAUAAUGGUUCUUUCGAUUUCUACGAAAUGGGUGGAUUGUCAAAUUUCUAGUGUUUGGUAUAUAGAAUUGGGCCUAGAGUAGGAUGAUUGAAUGGGAUCUGCAAAUUAAAUUGAGAUGGAGUGGACUGGUGGGCCGCUAGUGGGCCGUUCUGAAGUGGGCUAUUUAUCCACCAAUACAAAGAAGAUUGGGCCAGUUUGAUGUGAUGGGAACGAUAGUGAUACCAUUGAAUAUUUUCUAGCCAAGCCACUAAUAAUCACAAUGGUUGUUAUCACUUAAUCAAUGAUUAAGCAUAGUGAUCCUUGGCUAAUGGCGUGGUCCCUGUCUCCCUGUCAAAUCAAUUUUCUGUCAACAUCCCAAACCAAAAACGAGAUUAGUAAUUAAUUAAUCAUCAUCUCAUAAAGCAUUAACACAAACGUCGAAGCUAGCUAGUCAUUCUCCCACUCCCUUUUGUGGUAUUCUACGGACUUAUUAUCCCCCUUCCCCAUUUAUCUAUCUUAUCUUUUUUAUUUUUAUCUUUAUGUGAGUAGCGUUUUUCUAUCUUGACAGAAGGAAUUUUAAUCAUUUAUAGUUUUGGAAGUUCAUUGUAUUUAUUUAUUAUAAUGUAUAUAAUACUUCAUACUGAAUAAAAUACAUUGAUUAAAAAGAUGUUUAAAAUAGUUGGUGGGUUUAUGGUGGUGGGUCAAUUGAAAGAUCUUACUUUUUUCCUUAUGGCCAGAUCCUCCAAAUUAGGAUCAGAGAGAGCACUUGUGGUAAUAAUUAAUUAAUCGAGCUUCAGUAGUUUAUAAAGAUUAAUUUUUGGCAAUAUACGAGCUUUCUCAUUGGUUAAUGUGGCAUAAUUCUGAACACUAAUUCCACUACUAACGUUUGCGUCAGUGUAAUCCAUAUAAUCAGUUUAGAAGAGAAUCUCUAAUUCACAAUAUGAAUUAGAUUCCAGUAUUUUUGGAUAGUAAUGGUCACUUAACUUUGAGCGGCAAACAAAAUCGUCAUCCUAGCUUUAGAAUGACACAAAAUCAUCACUUAAAUAUUUUGCAUGAUAAACAAUGGUAUUUCUUUGAACGCUUUAGACAACUUACAAGCCGCACUUAUCUUCAAACAGCCCUGGAUCAGAUACUUCAUACAAGAAAAAUGUAUCUCCAUUUUGAAACCUCCAUCACACAACAACAAAAAAACCUGGCAGGGAGCUUGAGCCUUAAUAUACCAUCAUUCAGUACUAAUCGCUUUUCUUAUUAAAAAUUGGUUGAAUUUGGUUAAGCGCAUGCAGUCUCCAAUCUUGUCCUAUAAUUAAGGAACUCUAAUUGUUAUUUGCUAAGCAAUGUGCUAUAGUACUGCCACAUCGCAAAUCACUUUCCGGCUUUCAGCUACAAAAAGGGUUUGCAAGUAUAUAUGAAAUAUGAUUAAUUAGUCCCUAAUGGAACAACAAUAAAUAAAUAAAUGAAUAGAUUAUCACAAAAAAGAAAUAGAGAAUCAUGUACAAAACGAUUAUAGAGCAUGUUCAUUUGUUUGAUAUGAUCAUAUAGCCUACAAUUGUAACUAAUUCAUACGUACUUACUCAACAAUUUGUCUUUGCAAUAAUCAUUAUAUGAAUUAUAUGAAUUAUGAAGCUGUACCAAACAUCUUUCAUAAUUAAUUAUUUCAAAUACAAGCAAAAUGUAAAUAAUUUUAUUGUAAAUUC